AUGUAGAAUAAUAAAUAAAAUCAAGCAUGCCCUAAAUCUCUUAGAAGUAAAUUUUAAAUGUAUUCUUAGCAAAGGAAAGUACAUUAACUAAGCAUUCAGAGGCAUUUAGUAUUGGAGAAUCUAGAAUACUAGAUCCAAAAGAUAAUUUAGAAUUGCAAGUUCUUCGAUAUCCACAUACUCAUAUGUUUUAAAAUCCCAGUGUUCAACUUAUGCCCAGCUUUCCAAAUUUCUUAUUUAGUAAUUAAUACAAUACAACCAUUGCUGAUCAAUUAUUACAUUCUUAAAUGAUGCCUUAAAGCAAUGCUUUCUAGGCUAUGCCUUUAAAAAGUCUGGCUGCUGAAGGAAUGAGAAUAGUUUGUGAAAUCGAUAUUUUAAUGUUGAGACACUAUUAUCAAUUAAGAGAAUAGGUAAAAAGUUCUUUAAAUUUUUAGAUUUUUAACAAACACAAUUAAUCAACAUCAAAAAGAAUGGAUAACAACUCAAAUCAAAUCGAUUGGAUUAAAGGUAGAUUCCAAUAUCGAUUUAAAGAAAGGAUCAGUAAAAUGAUGUGCAAAUUAGUAGAUGAAGUUAAAUCACUUUUAAAUAAUAAGACUGAGGAUGAUCAAUAAAUAAAUAUUGAGAAAUUAAGAUUCUCACCAGAGGAACUAAUUUAACUUGAUAAAGAACUUAAAGAAAAAAGAGAAGAUUCAUCUGAAUACUUAGAUCCUUAUGAAGUAUGUAGAAGAAUUGCUAAACUAAUAGAGAUGUAUUUUAGGAGUUCUGAUUAAUGAU